UCCAGGACUCUGUUGUGACCUAUGCAAAGGAUCGCUAUAAAGGAUGCUCCGUUCAAAUCUCGAUCCUGCUCUUCGGAUUGUAAAGGAAUAUUUUAAUCAAGGUGAUAUGAGGGUACCGCUUUCACGUUCUGUAUACUUGCAUAUAAUCGAGCGCAUGCCACCGACAUGGCUCCCACAUUCCUCCUUUUUGUCGGAACAUUCGUCCACCUACCUCGAACGUCCCCCAAGGCGUCCAAAGCGCUCGAAAUACGCCAGGGAGCCUUAUGGGUCUCUACCGCUGAUGGCCGAAUCAAAGGUUCCGACUGGAGCAUCUUCAAUGAAGAUGAUUUAAGCCUAUUUUUGAGGGCCAAAGGCUGGGUGAUAUCAGAAGAUGAGUUCUGUUGCAAAUCUAAGACAAGUGUGACGAUUAUCCGGGCAAGGGAGGAACAAAAUGAGUUUUUCUUUCCAGGAUUCAUCGGUAGGUUCUGAUCUCCUUUGUGCACUCUCCAUAGAAAUGACCCAGAGUUUCUUUUUCUCCGGAGGAUGCUGACUGAAUUGAGACACUCAUA